GGAUUGGGGCUCCCUGUAUUCUGCCUCAAAACAAGCUGAACAGAUUUCUGUUUCAAGAUUUAGUUCAGGGUCAUAAUGGUGCAAUUCACCAUUCCAAGCAGGAGGGGGAAGGUGCAAUACACUGUCCUAACAACACAAGAGAAUUGCACACUAUGGCUUACGUAACUGUCUUAAAGUGACAGUUGAAUUUAGUAAUCUGACUUGAAUUUGCUCCUUAGUCUUAAAUAUUGCUUAAUACAUAUUCAUCAAUACUGGCACAGUAUCCUCAACAUUGAAUUACAAGAUCAAGUUCUGGCUGACAAGAUUCCAGGCAUUCCGGUCUCAAGAAAGGACCCUUCAAAUUGGCCCGAGAUUCUGUGUGAACAGUGCAAUAAGAAAGGUAAUGGGCAUAUAGUCUGCAAUUGUAUACUAAACAUCCAAACUAUCUAACAUUGUAUAAUAUUAAACAUCCAAACUAUAUAACAUAACUCCCAGCUGCAUUGCAAAUCUUCCUUGGAGAUCGUAAGCAUGUCUGAGGUCUCUCAUGACCUAUACGUAAAGAUUUAUUUUUUACUGGAAGCAUUUGAGUUAUGGAAGAAGACAUUGAAAUUGUAAAUGCAUGUAUUCUUGUUUAUGUAUUGAGCUGAUGAUGCAAAUGAAAAUUUUAAGUUCAUAGCAUCGUGCUUGUAUUGACGACUAUGUAUUGAGACCUAUUUGAGACUAGGGGGCAAGUUUGAAUCAUGACUGAAUUCAAUUGUCGCUUUAAGACUGUUAUGUAAGCCAUUGUGUGCAAUUCUCUGCUGUUGGCAUCAUAAUAGUGCAAACCAUGUCUCUGAACGUGAGCAAAGCGCCCUUCUCUGGUCGCACUUCAUCCCAUACACAUCUAGAACAAGGGCAGCGCUGUCACAAGUCCUGCCUCCCAACCAGCCGAGCCCCUCUUGAGUAACGAAAGCAGCCUCGUUCGGCUCACGUUCUAGAUGGCUGCAUGAGAAACUCCCGGGCAAGUCUUAGACCGAAGGCUUCAGUUGCCGCUAAGGCGCAAGCGCGCUUCGACGUGCGCAUGCUCAGUGGAGCCGAGAUGCUGCCCGUGCCCGGGGCUGCUUAGUCAGUCGAGCCGAGCGGCCGAGGAGGCAGGGCGGUUGCUGCGCCGCUCUCUUGAGGCAGCGCCGCUGACGUAGGGGGGCGCGCGCGAUGGAGCCGUGGGCCUUGGCGGGGCGGCGAGCGGGCGGCCGUGGCAGCGGCGGCCCUUGAAGGCGGCGAGGAUGUGGCAGCCCCAGGAAAUGGCCACCGAGCCCCCUCGCCGCACGAAGAGCGCCGAGGCCGAGCGGUUUCCCCGGGCCGUCCAGUUGGACGAGCCGCCCAGCCCGCCUGCCUCGGCGGAGGAGGAUGGAGGGAAGGUCCCGUUCUUCAAUGGCUGCGUGCCCCUCUCCCAUCAGGUGGCUGGGCACAUGUACGGCAAGGAUAAGGGCGGAAUACUGCAACAUCCUGAUGGCACAGUCUUGAAACAAUUGCAGCCACCUCCUCGAGGGCCCAGAGAACUAGAAUUCUACAACAAGGUGUAUGCUGCCGACUGUGAAGAUCCUGUGUUUCUAGAAUUGCGAAAAUAUUUGCCAAAAUAUUAUGGGACCUGGUCACCACCUACUGCUCCUGAUGAUUUGUACCUGAAACUGGAAGAUGUGACCCAUAGGUUUAAAAAGCCAUGUAUAAUGGAUGUAAAAAUAGGCCAGAAAAGCUAUGAUCCAUUUGCCUCAGCUGAGAAGAUUAAACAGCAGGUCAGCAAGUACCCACUAAUGGAAGAGAUUGGAUUCUUGGUGCUCGGCAUGAGGGUUUAUCACAUUCACUCUGACAGCUAUGAGACGCAAAACCAGCACUAUGGAAGAAGCUUAACAAAAGAGACAAUAAAAGAUGGCGUGGCUCGGUUUUUCCACAAUGGAUACUACCUGAGAAAAGAUGCUGUUGUUGCCAGUAUUCAGAAGAUUAAAGAAAUCUUGCAGUGGUUUGAGAGCCAGAAGCAUCUUAACUUUUAUGCAAGUUCCUUACUGUUCGUCUAUGAUGGCUCAUCUCAGAUGACAGCAGCGUGGCUAAAUGACAGCACUUUGGUUGAGAAGAGAAGAGCAUCCAAGGGUCACGGCCCAAGUGGCAAUACGUUGGAGUACUACAACAACAACGUUCGUGUCAUCAGUUCUCCAGAAAAUGGCAAGCUCGAGUCCUCCGUAAGCAGAGGCUUCUCUAAAAUGUAUGCACUUCACAAAAGGCACCAGAGUCAAAUUUCACUCAAAGUCGAGACUGUGGAACAGGACAACAUAUGGAAGAGCAGUGCAUGCUUUUCACAAGAACAUCUGAAUGGAAAUGUGAUACCUCAGUUGGAAAAAGUCUUCUGCCACAGGCCCACUGUGGUGCCAGAUGGCUCAGAGGUGGAAGUGCGGAUGAUAGAUUUUGCGCACGUGUUCCCUAGCAACACAGGAGAUGAGGGCUACAUUCACGGGCUGAAGAACUUAAUUACUGUCCUUCAGAAUAUUUUAGAUACCUGAAUUCUUUGCUAUGAUUUCUACUGGGGGCCAAUUACAAAGAAAAGCAACAACAUUUCUGCACUUGUGAUCCUGUUCUAUGUUGGUUUGUAUUGUUCCCUGUUUUUCUUGUCUUUGUACUUUUGGUAGAAUGAUCCAAUAUUUUAUAAUCUUACUCAGGAAAAUCAUUUGUAGUUUAGUAAAACAAGGGAAGAGCUAAUGAGGUUUAAGUGGUAGCUGUAAAAAAAAAAUUAACCAAGGCAGCUUAGAUUUAAAUUGGAAGAGAAUUUAUAUCCGAUAAAAUGAUUCAGCUUGUUCAUACCCUUAAAUGUUUUAGCUUAAUCAAAUUCUGUCUGUGCAGCCAGAACACUGAGCCAUAUCUUUAAACAACGGGUUACUAGAAGAAUCCUCUAGAAUUGUCCUAGGGUAUAUGCCGCAUCUUCAAAACUGGAAUGAUUCUAUGUAAGGGAUAAAUAUAUAUUUUUUAAUCUGUAUUCUUACAGGACCAGCAUUUUUAGUGAGAUACGAUCAUACUGCUGCAUUCUUAAAUCUGGCUGGGGGCUCUCAUCCUUUCCUAGCUCAUCUAAUAACUAAACUCUUAUGCAGGUGCUGUCAAAACAACGCUUUUAAAAAAUGGUGUAAUAGGACUUGCUGGCCAUUUAAAGACCAUGAGAAAUAUAAUGGAUUGUAUGUUAAAUUGUCUGUUUUUUCAGAGACCCUGUUUUGUUUGUACUCGCAAAGUCUUGUUCAUGUAGUCAACUACUUGGCUACAAGAAUGGAGGGGGACAUCUGGAGCAACUCAUCAGAUUAUGGCUGGGUUUAGUUCAUUAUCGUAAGCAAGUCGCUAUAUAGUGAAUAAGUGGAAAUAUUUUGCAUUAAUAUGACAUUUCUUGGUGGGUAUCUUAACAUGAACAGACUGCGUUGACACACAUUUGAGCAGCAACCCUCCCUCCCCCCACAGACUGCAGUGUCUUCCAAAAUCAAGCAUUUGAUUGGUGGAUCAUUGGGAACAGGAUGGGGUUCUUCCGGGUGAAUUGGAAAAUACCCACUCCUUCUGGCAAAAGUGUCUUCCACCAGUGGAAAAUGUAGUUAAAAUGCAACUAUGAUUUUAUGAGCAUCUAACUCAAGAAAAGUUCAGAAGUCCUAUCGCUGGUCUCCAACUGAAGAUACUGUUCCUACUUAUUUAUUAUUAAUACACUGCCUCUUGCCAAAGAAUAACAAUGGCCACAAUAAAUAGCUUCAACAUUAUCUAAUUUUAUAUGGCCAGAAUCUGUCCUGGUUAAACAUUGCUCUGUCAGAAAACCUGAGUUAAACCUGCAUGUACUUCAUGGGAAAAAAGCGGGGGGUGGGUGGGGGGUGGGUGGGUGGGUGGGUGUGUAGACUGGUUAUUUGAGAUAUUUAUGCAAUGAUCUUCAAUACCAGUUUCACCAUUAGGUAGGGACACAUCUGCAGAACUGAUGUGCGCAGAUUUUUUUGAGGGAAAUGGAUCUUACCAUGGCUUGGCUGUGGGAAAGUCUCUUCUGUAACCACAAAGACUAUUUCGUUGUUGGGUCAAGAAGAGCACCUUGCUUGAGUUCAGAUCUGUAACAAGAUGUAGAAGUAACCUGUAUUCAUUUGGCAGAUAACUAGGCUAGAACUGUAAGAGAAUUACUCAAACAAUUCCUUCCCUCUUGCCUUCUUUUGUUCUCUGGGUUACUAAGAUUGAAAUAGAAUGAAUCAUAGAUUUCCAGACAAUAUCAAUCCUUGUAACUUGUCUUUCAUCGAUAAGGCAAACAGCACUGUCAAGGAGUGUAUUAAAGACAUAUCGCAUAAGGUUCACUAAAGUAUGGGUUGUAUUAAAUUGGAAGCAACAAAAAUAUAGCAAGCAGGUAUAGAUCAAAACUUUGGAAAUAGUAUUCCUACAGAAACAUUUGAUAGAGAGAUGCUUUUAACACAGAUUUAAAGAGAGCCUUAAUGGUUAAAAAAAAUAAAAAGCUAAAAUGUGAGAUUCAGAAUGUAGUGAUACUAACUUUUGUGAGUAGGUAUAUUCAGUGUUCAAUUAAAUAACUUAAGCCAUAUUGCAAAAAAGUUGUUAAUUAUUCUUAUCAGUUUUCUUAUUGGUAGCUUAGUUUAGUUGUCAGCAUUCUUACUGGCAGGAACUUUUAACACAGAAUAUUUUUGUAUACAAAAACUAUGUCUGGUGGAAGUAGGUGGUAUUUCUUGUGUUGUACCAGUGGAAAUCCUGCAGUCUGUAGGGUAUUAACCUCUGCCGUGUUUCAUUAGUAUUUUGUGGUGGUUUGCUAUUCUCCUUAUGAUACUUAACUACAACAUUGCAACUACAACAUUGUCAGAUGGUCUCACAGAAAAUAAUCCCAGCUAAUUUUCAGUUUCUUCACCUGAAUUGGUUAAAACAUUUAUUGAAUUUGAAAGACAAAAUGCUUUAAAUAGGAAGUUGGGCAAAGUCAAAAUUUUAGGGUAAUAGAUCACUUUUGGCUUAUGAUAGGAAACAGUACAUUCUGACUUUUUCACACAUUGGUGUCUAAAGUAAUGUUUUGAAACUAAUCUUUUUGUGAUUUUAACUAGUGAGCAAAAAGUACAAUAAAUACUCUGAAUGGGAUAGUAUAAUAGUAUAAUGGGAUAGUAUACUAGUAUAGUACAUAAUGUGUGAAUGCGGUCUCUAUAUUUCAGUCCACUUGCUCUUUGUGCAGGGUACACUGGGGUAUCUGGCACCUAUGAAGUUUUCUUGUUCACAUAUGGAGUGGUCAGCUCUUGUCUGUUUAGGCAAAAUGGAAUUGUCCAUGUUAAGGUGAGCUUUGGAUGAGAGCUUGGUGUAUGCAUCACAGCACCCAGUGAGUUUGGAAUUAAAGCCCUGGCAUAGAUUGAGGAAUACUUCAGUAUACGUUACUCUCAAAGUGUUGUCAGAGGAUUGCGGAUCUAAUUUGAAAGGGAAAUGUGAACUAAUGACUGAGGUAAGCAUCGUGAAGGUGUUGAAAGUAAGUGGAAUUGAAUUGGGCAAGGCAGCUCUUGUCUCCCCAAGGGCAGGCUCUUAAAGUAUUGCUUUUAUUGUGUUUGUGGAAGUGUUUCUUUUAAAGUGUGUUAUAUGGAAAAUUGUGUACAGUCCUACCUGAUAAGAAUUUAAAUUGUAUAAUUUUUUAUAACAAUACAUUUUCAUUCUUGGUAUUUUUGGAUAUUGGUGGUUCCUGUUGCAUAGAUUCAAAUUAAAUUUAAGAUAAUGGUAUUAUGAAAUGUUUAACUAUUUUAACUAACUAGUUUUUCAAAAACAAUGAAACUGUGUAUAAUGGUGUUUCACAUGGAGGCUGUAUUUUCAAACAGAUUAUUUUUGCUGUACAGUAAAAUUGUAUUUUUGCCUAUACCAUACGUACUAUUCUGUAUGAGAUGCUUAAAUUAUAGGAAGGAGCUUUUUCAGAUUAACAGUUUGGUGGACUGCAAGCUUGAUGCAAGAAACUUUGCAUCUUAACCUAGAAGCCAGUUUCGUGGAGUCAGCUGGACUUGUGCUCUAGUAAAUACGUAUGCUAGAGUCUUUGACCACAAAGCUCAAAAGAGGUUACAUAGGAAAUGGAUGGUUUGUUACUUAAGAUGCAAAGCGUAGUACACAUUUUAACUGAAAAAUUAAUUUCGUAAAUACUAAUUUUUGGAAGAAAGAGGAAGCUGUAAUCACUGUAGGUAUUGUUAAGUCUGAUCUUUAAAAAUUGAUUCAUAUUAUAUGACCCUUUGGAAAAUGACCCUUAGAAGAACUGCAGCUAGUUCAUAUGAACAUCUCUGCCCAUUUGUUAGCUAUUUUUAAUUAUUAUAGUUUACACUGUUUGCAAUAACCAUCUCUGCUGAGUGCCUUUUGCUUCAGGCUUGGUACCUUUUCAGUGACCUCGUGCAGCAUCCGAGGUGUGUAAUUGGAAUGCUUUAAUAGUUUCACUCCGCUGAUGCCGCUCUACUAUUAGAGAGCAUUAUUCUAAUUGUUUAUAAUCUAUUAUGCUAAAACCAGUUCAUAGGGAAACGGCUGUGCUCACACUUGUCAAUCUCCCAGCCCCAACCCUGUUACCAACCAAGAAACCCACAAAAGUUGGCUGACCAGCUUCUGUAGCGGCAGCCUCAAGAGCAAUGCAUGUAAAAUAAUGGGGUCCAGAGCCUUGGUUCAUCCAGUUCCUUCUGAAGCAGGCCUCCUACAAAAUUAUCUCUUGACUAGGAAUAUGCAGGCUGCAUUUUUUUUUAAAAAAACCCUGCGAAGUUUCAUAUAUGAUGAUGGCUACCGAGACACGUGCUUGCAUGCCAAGAACGAAGUGAAUUGCCGAAUAAAGGGACCCAGAAAUUCACACCCCAUCUGUGCAUCCGCAAACAGGAAAGUUGACUUUAGACUAGUACUCAGAUUUAUGAAACCAGCUAAAUUUGAAUCUUUGACGUGAGACUUGUGUGGCAUAACUCAUGGAGAGCAAUUUGAUUAGUCAGAAGUUUGAGGUGGGGAGGCCAAAGCAGACAGCAGUAAAUCAGUUGUACUCCAUACUAAGUACAAGUAGCUCUUGCAUAUCCUCCAUCCAGAAGCCUUACAUUCAACGUUGUCUUUUGCUUGUUUUGUACCUUCUGCUCAAUGCUGAUCAACAGUUGAGUUGAAAUGCAGAAUGGUGAGCCAAUCAGCUGUGAAAUAUUACUCCACUACAUAUCAGUGAGCUAAAUACUGCACAUUUGUAAUUAUGGGUGAUCGUUUUGCUAACUGAAGAGUUAGUGUACGUUUAAAGCUUUCAUACUUAUGGAUAUUUGUACGAAUCUGGUGUCGACAUCAAAUCUGAGAAAUUUUCCAUGUAGGAUUAGGAAAUGUUCUUUUGUCAUGUUUUUCUGAACCAUCUCUCCUUUAAAUAUUUAGUUGUGUUGGAGAUUAAUCUUUAUAUGAAAUCCAGUCACAGGACGGAGAGUGCAACCAGUGGUCUUGGGAACAAAAUGUACAUUUUACACACAUUGUCUAAAUCAUUUUCUCAAUAUGCUUUGAAAAAUAACAUGUAUAAAUGUUGGCACUGGAUAUAAAAUAUCUAAACUGGCUGAACUGACUUUGAAUUAAAAUGUCCAAAUAUGAUAUUGCACAUCUGAACAUGAAUGAAACCAGAGUGCACAUAAGCACUUUAAUGCUCUGGGAACUGUGCUGGAAAAUAAAUGGAUGCAUGUGAAAUUGCACCUAAAGCUGUGUUAACUAGUGGGGUGGGGGAAGGGUGAGUUAUACAACUUAAAUGUUUUGUACCUGAACGAAUGAAUGUACUCAGUCUGGUUUUUAUUUUCUGUGACUCCAAGGUCUGAAUUGUGUUGGCACAAUAUCCUUUGGUUUUUGUGUGUUUAAUUGUGAAUGAUUGGGGUGGGGUCUUGAUGGAUUGCAGAGGUAUAUCAGUUGUUUUAUAGUAAAAUCUAUUAUGCUAUAUACCAAUUGUUUUGUAAUUUAUGUGAUAUUUAGGUAAUUCUAAUUGCUGUAUAUUUGGCUGACUAUUAAAUUUUCUUUUAAAUUA